AUGCGCACAUCUCUCCCCCUCAUUGGGGCCGCUAUCUCCGUCCUCCUUGCCCCAGUUCAAUCCCUCUACUUUUAUAUCGACGGCUCAGCACCCAAAUGUUUCUUCGAGGAAUUACCCAAAGAUACAUUGGUAGUAGGUCAUUAUACCGCUGAGGAAUACGAUGAAAAUACAAGACAAUGGAGUAAACAUGAUGGAUUAAACAUUUUUAUUUCUGUAGAUGAAGUCUUCGAUAACGACCACAGAGUAGUCUUCCAAACCGGUUCAUCUUCAGGUCGUUUCACCUUCACAGCCGCCGAUUCUGGCGACCACAAAAUCUGCUUUACUCCCUCCUCCACCUCUGGCUCUAGCAAUUGGCUCAGCGCAUUACAUUCAAAUGGCGGUAUCAAAUUGACUCUCGAUAUGGCAAUUGGUGAGACGAGUCAAAUUGAAAGUGACGAUAAGGGAAAAAUCAAUGAUAUUGUGCAAAAGGUUAAGGAUUUGAAUGGCAGAUUGCAGGAUAUUAGAAGGGAACAGGUUUUCCAACGGGAACGUGAAGCCGAAUUCCGCGACCAAUCCGAAUCUACCAACGCGCGUGUCGUCCGCUGGACACUAAUCCAACUCGUCGUCUUGGGAAUCACUUGCGCAUGGCAACUUUCGCAUCUGCGAUCCUUCUUCAUCAAGCAGAAAUUGACUUAG